GCCCAGGGCCCUCCUCCCUGCACUGAAGUGGGCCCUGAGCUGAUGUGGUAGCCUGAGGCCACACCCAGGAAGUGGCAGAACGGGCUCUACCACCUGGGUCCCCCAUGUCCCACACGGGCACCCUGCCAGGCAGAGACGACAGCCCACAUCUGUGGCCACCCCCGCCGGAUGCCACCUCUCCCUAAUGUCCCACAGCAACGGCCCGACAGCUGACAUGGGCCCUGGCAUCCCUGAGUACAAAGGGGAGCACAGUGGCAUUUGCACGUGCGCUGGGUGAGGGCCCUAGGAAAAUAGGCUGCCUCUGUUUGCAGACUCAGAGCCCCACACCCCCUCUUCAAACAGAGGCAGAUCCCAUUCCAGGAGCUGGGGGGUUGGGGGGGGGGGGGAACUUGCCCCAGCCACUCUGCUUCCGGGCCCAUUUGCCAGGCGAGGGAGGAUAUGUGAGUGGCCAUCGCCCACCCCCAUGCCAGGCAGGGUCCCUCCCAGUUCUCUGCCUACGGGACUGGCCCGGACUCAGCUGCCCAGACCAGGCUUGUGCUGAAAAGCUGGCCAUGACCUCGGAGGCCUCUUCUGGAAGCCGCCGUCCCAGGAGUGGGAUGCUGCGGAGACAGUCCCCGGAGGAGGACAGUACCGUCCUGAUUGACGUGGCCCCCGAGGCCGAGAAGGGCCACACUUACGGGAGCACAGCCCCCACCUCAGAGCCGAGUGGACACCGGGAGGCCGCCGGCAGGGUGGGGAGCCCCUCCAAGCCCCGAGUAGACUUCGUCCUCGUUUGGGAGGAAGACCUGAGGCUGGGUCGGCAGCAGGGUGGUGCCGGCCGGGACGAGACAGACACGCGCGGUGCCUGGAGGGAGACCUUUCUGGAUAACCUCCGCGCUGCUGGGCUACACGUGGACCAGCGUGCUGUCCAGGGUGAGAACGGAGCAGUGCAGUACGUCCUCCUCAGGGCCCCCUGGGCCGUGCUCUGCUACUACGCCGAGGACCUGCGUCUGAAGCUGCCCCUGCAGGAGCUGCCCAACCAGGCCUCCAACUGGUCGGCGGGCCUGCUGGCGUGGCUGGGGCUCCCCAACAUCCUGCUGGAGGACGUGCCCGACGUGCCCCCCGAGUAUUACUCCUGCCCGUUCAAAGUGAGCAAGCUGUCAAGGUUCCUCGGCAGUGACAACCAAGAAAACUUCUUUACCAGCACCGAGCGGCACCAGAUUCUGUUUGCGAUCCUGGCCAAGACCCCAUAUGGCCACGAGAAGAAAGGCCUGUGCGGGAUCGACCAGCUGCUGGCGGAGGGUGUCUUUAGCGCGGCCUUCCCCCUGCAUGAUGGCCCGUUCAGGACACCCCCAGAGGGCCCUCAGGCCCCAGGCCUCACCCAAAGGCAGGUUCUGUUCCGGUACUGGGCUCGCUGGAGCCAGUGGAACAAGUACCAGCCUCUGGACCACGUGCGCAGAUACUUCGGGGAGAAGGUGGCCUUCUACUUCGCCUGGCUUGGGUUCUACACAGGCUGGCUCCUGCCGGCAGCGGCAGUGGGCACUCUGGUGUUCCUGGCGGGCUGUUUCCUGGUGUCCUCGGACAUACCCACGCAGGAGUUGUGUAGCAGCACCGAUCACUUUGAGAUGUGCCCGCUCUGCCUGGACUGCCCCUUCUGGCUGCUCUCCAGUGCCUGCACCCUGGUCCAGGCCGGCCGGCUCUUCGACCACGGCGGCACUGUGUUCUUCAGCGUGUUCAUGGCGCUGUGGGCCGUGCUGCUGCUGGAGUACUGGAAGCGCCAGAGCGCCACGCUGGCCUACCGCUGGGGCUGCUCGGACUACGAGGACAUCGAGGAGAGGCCACGGCCCCAGUUCGCCGCCUCGGCCCCCACGACGGCCCUGAACCCCGUCACCGGGGAGGACGAGCCCUACUUCCCGGAGAGGAGCCGCGUGCACCGCGUGCUGGCCGGCUCCACGGUGGUCGUGAUGAUGGUGGCCGUGGUGGUCAUGUGCCUGGUGUCCAUCAUCCUGUACCGGGCCAUCAUGGCCAUCCUCGUGUCCAGGUCGAACAACACCCUCCUCGCAGCCUGGGCCUCGCGCAUCGCCAGCUUCACGGGGUCGGUGGUGAACCUGGUCUUCAUCCUCGUCCUCUCCAAGAUCUACGUGGCCCUGGCCCGCAUCCUGACGAGAUGGGAAAUGCACCGCACGCAGACCAAGUUCGAGGACGCCUUCACCCUCAAGGUGUUCAUCUUCCGGUUUGUCAACUUCUACUCCUCCCCCAUCUACAUCGCCUUCUUCAAGGGCAGGUUUGUGGGAUACCCGGGCAACUAUCACACCUUAUUUGGGGUCCGCAACGAGGAGUGUGCGGCCGGAGGCUGCCUCAUCGAGCUGGCACAGGAGCUCCUGGUCAUCAUGGUGGGCAAGCAGAUCAUCAACAACGUGCAGGAGAUUCUCGUCCCGAAGCUACAGGGCUGGUGGCAGAAGUUCCGGCUGCGCUCCAAGAAGAGGAAGGCGGGGGCUUCUGAGGCGGUUGGCCAGGCACCUUGGGAGGCCGACUACGAGCUUCUGCCCUGUGAGGGUCUGUUCGACGAGUACCUCGAAAUGGUGCUGCAGUUCGGCUUCGUCACCAUCUUCGUGGCCGCGUGUCCGCUCGCGCCGCUCUUCGCGCUGCUCAACAACUGGGUGGAGGUCCGCCUGGACGCGCGCAAGUUCGUCUGCGAGCACCGGCGCCCGGUGGCCGAGCGCGCGCAGGACAUCGGCAUCUGGUCCCACAUCCUGGCUGGCAUCGCGCACCUGGCGGUCGUCAGCAACGCCUUCCUGCUGGCCUUCUCGUCCGACUUCCUGCCGCGCGCCUACUACCGGUGGACCCGCGCCCCCGACCUGCGCGGCUUCGUCAACUUCACGCUGGCGCGCGCGCCGCCCGCCUUCGCCUCCGCGCACAACCGCACUUGCAGGUAUCAGGCUUUCAGGGAAGAUGAUGGGCAGUAUUCUCCAACAUACUGGAAUCUUCUGGCCAUCCGCCUGGCCUUCAUCAUAGUGUUUGAGCAUGUGGUGUUCUCCAUCGGCCGGAUCCUCGACCUCCUGGUACCCGACAUUCCUGAGUCCGUGGAGGUCAAGGUGAAGCGAGAGUACUACCUCGCCAAGCAGGCGCUGGCUGAGAAUGAGGCUCUCUCUGGAACAAACGGAGCAAAGGACAACUACUCCCAGAGCUCAGACAGGAGUUUGGGCCUACAGCCUACACUGCCGGGAGGUGGCCAGGCCUCUCAAGUCCCUUCUCUCUGAGGUCACGGGGGUCACCCCAAGCCAGCAGUCCCACCUGGAGGUGAGGGACUCUGCUGCCCCGGAGAUGUCAAAGGCUCACUGCCCUCAGAGGCCACAGCCCACCUUCUGCCCCUUCUUGGCCCAGAGCUGUGAUGCCCUCGGUGACCCCGGGCCUCUGCUCAUGAGCCCUAGCCCCUCAGGUGCCGGCUGCCGCCCCCCCAACCCCCUGCCCGCAACAGCACCUGGAGCUUCCCCGCCACCUCCCUGCCAGCCCCCAGGGCAGGUGGCCCCGCACCAGAGAAGCUGGCCCCGACACUGUGGCUCAGGGCCCUCCCCACCCCCAGCUCUCUGCACGCAGGGCACAGCUCUAUCUCCCAUGUGCCACCGGGAGAAUCGCACUGGAGACUAGAACUAUCUAUGGGUCUCUAGUUAUCACUCAAAAGCCUGUUGAAUUGAAAACACCCUUGGUUCCACAGGACCGAGAACCGACAUGCCGCGUGAUAAAACGAGUUCUAGCACACUA